UUCCAUCACUUACCUCCCAUUCGAUCUAAACCUUCCCAAACCUUUUUUACCUUCUCAAGCUUAGUGCUGGACGUUGUUGUUCGUUUCGCUUUACUUCAAUUCGGUUUCUGCCUCCGAUCCGAAGUAUCACGUCUCUCUAACCUGUCUAAAUGGCUUCAGAUUCAGCACCCGCAGAUGGCACCGGUGUCAUCCAGCUCGACCCAUGGCUCGAGCCGCACCGCGACGCUCUCAAACGUAGAUUCGAGUUUGUGGAGCAUUGGGUCAAAACGAUCAAUGACCACGAGGGGGGCUUGGAAACGUUCAGCAGGGGCUAUGAGAAAUUCGGCCUCAAUGUCGCCGAGAACGGGGAUAUUAUUUACAGGGAAUGGGCCCCGGGGGCCGUUGAAGCCCAAUUAGUCGGCGAAUUCAACAACUGGGACAUCAAGGCAAAUCCGAUGAAGCAGAAUGACUUUGGCGUUUGGGAGGUCACAGUGCCAGCUAAAGAUGGGGCUCCAGCCAUUCCGCAUGACAGUAAGAUCAAGAUCACGAUGGUCACACGCGGUGGGGAGCGAAUCUACCGUAUACCCGCCUGGAUCAAGCGCGUUGUACAAGAUCUGAGCGUUUCCCCGACCUACGAGUCGGUGUUCUGGAACCCUCCCGAGGCCGAGCGGUAUCACUUCAAGCACCAGCGUCCGACAAAGCCUGAGAGUUUACGGAUCUACGAGGCACACGUCGGCAUCUCCUCCCCGGAGACCAAGGUGGCAACCUACAAGGAGUUCACCAAGAACAUGCUGCCUCGGAUCAAGUAUCUGGGCUACAAUGCCAUCCAGCUCAUGGCCAUCAUGGAGCACGCGUACUACGCCAGCUUCGGGUACCAGGUCAACAGCUUCUUCGCGGCAAGCAGUCGCUACGGCCCGCCGGAAGACUUGAAAGAGCUGGUCGACACCGCGCACAGCCUGGGUCUCGUGGUGCUUUUGGAUGUGGUGCACAGUCACGCUUCCAAGAACGUGAUGGAUGGCCUAAACAUGUUCGACGGCACGGACCACCUAUACUUCCACUCUGGAAGCAAAGGUCAGCAUGACCUGUGGGACAGUCGACUGUUCAACUACGGACACCAUGAGGUGCUGCGCUUCCUCUUGAGUAACCUGCGGUUCUGGAUAGAAGAAUAUGGCUUUGAUGGAUUCCGGUUCGAUGGUGUUACCAGCAUGCUGUAUACGCAUCACGGUAUUGGAACUGGUUUCUCUGGCGGUUAUCACGAGUAUUUUGGGCCCGCCGUCGACGACGAGGGUGUCAUGUACUUGACUCUUGCUAACGAGAUGCUCCACAACAUCUAUCCCAACUGCAUCACGGUAGCCGAGGACGUAUCUGGCAUGCCAGCCUUGUGUCUACCUCACUCAUUGGGUGGAGUUGGCUUUGACUACCGUCUCGCCAUGGCCAUCCCCGACAUGUACAUCAAGCUCCUGAAGGAGAAGUCCGAUGACCAAUGGGAUAUCGGCAAUCUGGCUUUCACCCUGACCAACCGCCGCCACGGCGAGAAAACUAUUGCCUAUGCUGAGAGCCACGACCAAGCUCUCGUUGGCGACAAGAGCCUUAUGAUGUGGCUCUGUGACAAGGAGAUGUACACGCACAUGUCCAUCCUCACCGAACUGACCCCGAUCAUCGAGCGCGGGAUGUCCCUGCACAAGCUGCUCCGCCUGGUCACCCACGCCCUGGGCGGCGAAGGGUAUCUCAACUUUGAGGGCAACGAGUUCGGCCACCCGGAGUGGCUCGACUUCCCCCGCGCGGGCAACAACAACUCGUUCUGGUACGCCCGCCGCCAGCUCAACCUGACCGAGGACCACCUCCUGCGCUACCAGUUCCUGAACGAGUUCGACCGCGCCAUGCAGCUCACCGAGGACAAGUACGGCUGGCUGCACGCGCCGCAGGCGUACGUCAGCCUCAAGCACGAGGGCGAUAAGGUCCUCGUCUUCGAGCGCGCCGGCCUCCUCUGGAUCUUCAACUUCCACCCCACGAACAGCUUCACCGACUACCGCGUCGGCGUCGAGCAAGCCGGCACCUACCGCAUCGUGCUGGACAGCGACGACAAGGCCUUCGGCGGCUUCGGCCGCAACGACAAGGAGACGCGCUUCUUCACCACCGACUUCGAGUGGAAUGGCCGUCGCAACUACCUGCAGGUUUAUCUCCCCACGCGGACCGCCUUGGUCCUCGCGCUGGAAGACACCCUCUAAGAGCCUGGUCCCACGUCCCCAGAGGGAACGUCCCCGGCAGGGCAGCUGGCACCCUCCUCAUCUAAUACCUAUCAAUCUAUCGAUUUUCCUAGCGAUUGCCAAAUCCUUUGUUUCUCGGUUGUUUAAUUUGUUAAGCUACUCGUGUUGAUAAUAAUAGCAAGCAAUGCAACAAAUAGACUGAAGU